UAUGUAGCCAUACAAUGAUCGUUGGAUCUUCUACUAGGCAGGCCGCUAUCUUGUACAAUAUAAAGAAUACUUUUAUUACUAUUUUUUACUGAUUAAAACAGUUUGACUUCCAGUUUAUAGUGAUAACAAUGCAAAUAGUUUUAAAAACAACGAAAAUUACCUUACAUUAAAUUUAAAGUGCCGCAUGACAGCAGACGCGCGUAAAUUUAUUUGUGAAAAAAGAUAAUUUUUUAUUUGAAACAUUUUGUAAUAAUAAAAACAGUGUUUUAAUAUAAUCUUUUUAUUGCGCGUUGGUGUGUUUAGAGUUAUGAAAAUGGUAUUUACUAUAACAGAGAGUGUGAAUAUAACAAAAUGUAACAAUGACAAGCAAAAAGUGUGGAAACAAGUGUUUUAUUCAGUUUUGGUCGGCUUUACAUACUUCGCUCACGGGUUACUAACUACUAUGUUGACGACGUCACCUCACGCGGGGCACUUCAGGAACUACUCCAAUAACGACGUUCCUUGGACAACGUUAUCCUUAAUCCUAGCCGCUGUUGCAUCAGCCCCGAUAUAUGGCUACCUGGCCGACCGAUGUGGAAGAAAAACCGUGCUUUACAUCGUCAAUUUACUUCAUGGAGCGUUAUGCGUUCCGUUGUUCCUGCCUCCAUCAGACAUGGGCGCCAUCGCGCUGCACGUUCUUGCGGGGGUCGCAGCCGCAGGACUGUUCACUGUUGUACCGAUGUACGUUCGGGAGAUCAGCGUAGAUUAUCUUAGAGGUUUCAACCAAUCAAUUUUGAUGUUAAUGACAACAGCAGGAUAUUUGGUGCAUCUUCAGUACCCGCCGAUGAUCUCAGCUCCAGAACCGGAGGAAGCAAUAUAUGCAUUUGUAGUGAUAGCAGGGGUACAACUCCUGGUCACACAUUGCUUGGAGGAAUCACCCUGCUAUUAUGUCACGGUUGGGAAGACCGAGUCGGCAGCCAAAGCCGUAGCAUUCCUGAAGGGUCUUCGAUACGAUGACCCGGAGUUAGAAAAAGAAGUUGAUGCCUUAGAAAAAGAGAGCAUACGGGCCAAGUCAAGAGGAAAGCUCACACUAUGGGCAAUUUUAAAGAACGUGGUCUACCGGGACGCGACAAAGAUCGGCCUGGUGCUGUAUACAACCAUGGUACUAUCCGGCAGUGUGGUAUUCCUGGAUCAGUCCCAGGCUCUGAAGCAACUGGGCUUCAGUGAUGAGGACGAUAAGACGAUGAUCCUCCUCUGCUUAGCUGGUGGAAGCUUGGCUGCUAGUGUUCUUAUUCUGUUUAGUGAAAGAAAGACCCUCAUCACGACGUCAUACACCCUAAUGAUCCUGGCUAGCGGAGUCUUGGCUAUCUACUCCCAGACCAACUUGACCAUCCCAGAAGCGUGGAAGAUAGUUCCCAUAGUCACCUUGGGAGUCACCGUGUUCGCUUACGGCAUGGGAUGGGGUCUGCCUACCAUCAUUAUGGCGGAGGUGUUGAAUAUAGAGAUUCGCUCAACCAUCAUGUGUCUUCUCUUUGUGUACGGUCAGCUAAUCAAGUUGGCCCACCUCUACACAUUCCCUUACAUACAACAAUACGUGCCCAACGAUACGAUCAUCUUCUGCUUCUGUCUGGCGAACAUGGUAGGAGGGUUGUACUCCCUCUUCAAACUACCGCUAAUUAGGGGUAAAACUGUUCGCGAAAUCGAACGCCAAUUGAAGAGAGUACCUUUACUGAAGUUUAAUACUAGCGCGAAUAAAAUGUGAAUUUUUGAACUAAGAA